AUGCUAGCCAGAGCCUCGGCCAAGCCGCUCUUCUUGGCUUGGGGCGGAGCCGCGGCAGCAGGUUCGGCGCUGGAGGUUCCGCGGGAGUUGGGGGAGUGUCUGGGGCUGGCGGAGGGGGAGGGGGUGCGCGUACGGGUGCGCCUGUGGGGGAGCAUUCCGCCCGCGGAGGCUGUCCACGUGGCACCUGCCACGUCAGACGACUGGGAGGUGCUGGAGCUGAAUCCGGCGCUUUUGGAGGAGACCAUUCUGCAGCAGGUGGGUUCCGGGGGAGGUGGGUUGCGGGGACAGUGGGAUUUGAGGAAGUGGGCGCGGUUGCAGCAGGGCAGUCCUUCCCCAUAUGGGCGCAGGGGCAAGCGCCCUUGCGCCUGUGCGCCCUCUCUGCGUCCCCCUCCCCCUUGGUGCGCCUUGUGCCCGGAUCCGAGCACAACAGCACGUCCCCCUCUCCUCCUCCUUCUCCACGUGCCAGCAUCAGCCCGCCACCCAAAACCCACCAAUCAGGGCUCAGCUUCCAGCCGCUCCAGCCAAUCACAGCGCUUCUCCUCGCGCACCUCCGUCCCUGUGCGGGUGCUGCCCUCCUGCCACGUGGCAGCAGGCCAUUUGAUGAUACCUCCGGCACUUUCCCUGUGCCUGGCAGUAGACUGGUUCUCAAAGGUGCUCCUCAAAGGGACUGUAGGCGCUUGGGGUGGUGGAGAGGGGUGGAACACGGUUGGGGCUGGUGAUGAUGGGUGGAAUGCGGUUGGGGGUGGUGGAGUGGAGACCCGGAACGGUGGAGGGGAGGGAGUGAGUGGGGGAAGAAGCAGAGGGAGUGCAGGGAAAGGGAGUGUGAGGGAACCCUCUCACACAUCUCCUCCCUCCACUGUCUCCUCCUGCCUCCUCAUCCCCCCUCCCCCCUCUCUCUUCCUCACCCCUCUGGUGCUCUCUGGUGCUGCGUCAGUGGGGGGUGCGGGGUCAAGGGGAGGAUCCCGGGGAGCAGGCGCAGGAGGGGGAGCGGGAGGGGGAGGGAGUGUUAUUGGUUUUCUUUAUCCAGGGAACGAGCAGCAGCAGAUUCAGCAGCUGGAUCGGCAGCAGCAGGCGCGGUUAGGAGCGGUUGGAGUGGGUGCUGCUGUUGAAGCAGCAGCAAGGCAUUGGAAGAGAGUAGCUGGGUGGAAGGGAAGAGAGGUGGGACAGACUGGAGAGAGAGAGACAGGUACUGGAAUGGGGGAGCGAGAGAGAAGGGAGCGAGAGGCGGAGGAGGGGACGGAGUCACGAGGGCGUUCUGAGGCGUCUCAAGAAAAGAAGGAUCCAGGGGUGAGGGCGCUGGCGUGUGUGUUGCUGCAAGGAGGGUUGGGUCAAGCAAAGAGGGGAGUGGGGCAAGCAAGGGGAGAGAUGGGAGUGCCUCUGGUAGAUGGUGCAGUGCUGAGACUGGUGUGGUGGGAUGGAGUCAAUUGGGGCGGAGUGGAUGGGGAUGGGUCUGCUGCAGAGGGAGGUGAGAGGGAGGGUGAGAGGGUGGAAGGUAGAGUGGAUUGUGAGGCGCCAGAAACAGCAGCGACGGCACCAUUACCAGCAAGAGCAGCAAGAGCAGCAGCAGGAGCAGCAGGAGCAGCAGCAGGAGCAGCAGGAGCAGCAGCAGGAGCAGCAGCAGGAGCAGCAGCAGGAGCAGCAGCAGGAGCAGCAGCAGGAGCAGCAGGAGCAGCAGCAGGAGCAGCAGCAGGAGCAGCAGCAGGAGCAGCAAGGGACGCUCUCUUUCUUCUCACUUUUGGCUCACCACCUGGAGCACGCACUCGCUCCGCUGCUGCUGCUGCUGCUGCUGCUAGCGCAACUGCUUCCAAUACUGGUACUGGUUUAGGUAACUCGUCAUACGACACACACCGACAGCAGCAGCAGAUGGGGGCCUUGACUGCUUUGGCAGGGGCAGUGUUGGGAGGAAGCAUGGGGCUGGGAGGUGCGGGAGGGCAGGGGAUGAUGGGUGGGGGUGGAACCAUGGGGCCUGGCGGCAUGGCAGGAGGGAUGGGCCUUGGCAGCAGCAUGGCAGGAGGGAUGGGCCUUGGCAGCAGCAUGGCAGGAGGGAUGGGGCCUGGGAGCAGCAUGGGAGGAAUGGGAGGAAUGGGAGGAAUGGGUGGAAUGGGUGCAUAUGGGAGUGUGGCACCAGUAUCAGGCUCUAUAUCCCAUGGGUCCACACUGGAAUCUUCACAUACAUCUGCAGAUGGACCUUCUUCUGAAGCUUCCAAGACGCUUCCUGCCCUCCGGGCGGCUGCCAGCGAGGCGGUCGACAGCCUGGCGCUGCUGACUGCCGUCCAAUCGGAGCGCAGCACUGUCGCACUGGGAGCUCCCAUGGAGUGGGCUGUCCCCUUUACAAGCAGCCCCGGACUCGUUUGUAGCCCGGUGCAGGCCCAGUCAGCAGCAUCGCCUCAUCAUAACUCAGUCAUCUCUCCGGGUCACUCCUCUGAUAAUGUAUUUCCUGUGAUUUCUGCUCUACUGCCCCUGCCCGCACCCUCAGCACCACCGUUAAGCGCACCAGCACUGACAUCAGUAACAGCGUCAUCAUCAGCAUCAGCAGUACCAUUGAAAGCCAUUGCACCACCCCUUGAUCACCCCUUCUCCUUCACUCUUUCCUGGCUUCACCAACCAGCCUCCACUGCCCUCUCCCGCCUCCUCGCCUCUCUCUCCCUCCCCUUCCGCCUCACCCGUCGCUCCCUCCGCCUCCCUUCCCCAGGCUCCAUUCUCCUCCAUGGCCCCCCUGCCAGCGGCAAAACCUCCCUAGCUUCGGCCCUCGCCUGGCAGGUUCGGAACGACCGGACCUGCCUCGCGCACACGGAGUUUGUCAGCUGCUCCAGGCUCGGGUCCGACCCUGUGAAGGAGGUUCGGCGGGUGCUGGGGAGGGCGGUGGCGCGGGCCAAUGAGAGGGCGCCAGCUGUCGUCGUGUUGGACGAUCUGGAUGUGCUGGUUCCGGGGGCGAGUGGGGGGCCGGAGGAAGGGACAGGUGGCGGCGCGGGAUUAGUGGAGUUUAUUGCUGACCUGAUGGAUGAAUGCCAGGUGAGCAGCAUGGUGACAUGGCAUGUGUAUGGUGCGCAUUUGAUAGGGAAUAUACACAAAUGUAAGAUCAGCAGCCAUGCCUUUCACUCUCACAUCUCUGUCCCCUCUCGCCGCCGUCCUCAACCCACUUCACCUCCCUUCACCUCCCUUCACCUCACUUUUCCUUACAUAUCCUCUCUUCUCCUCACUUCACCUCACUUCACCGCACUUCACCUCACCUCACCUCUGUCGCCUCCCUCCCUGUCCGUCCUCUUCCCUCCUUUUCUCCCCUUACUUCUCUCCCAGGCUCACCAGUCCCCUAUAGCCUUCCUAGCAACAGCCCCCUCGCCAUCCGCCAUAGCGCCAUCUCUCCGUGCUGCAUGCCGCUUUGACACCCCUGUGGAGCUACCCGCCAUGGGGGAGGGCGAGAGGGCAGCACUGCUCAGACGGAUCCUUCUGGAGAGGGGGAUUGGGUGGCAGGGAGGGGAUGCUCUGCUCCAAUCAGUGGCCGCCAGGUGUCAGGGCUGCGACGCGUCGGAUCUUGAGGUGCUGGUCGAUCGUGCGGCUCACGCGAGGCGAGGGCAUGUGAUGUUCGAAGCAGGGAGAAGGGGAAAGGGUGGGGAUGCGGGUGGGGGUGGGGAUGGGUUUGGGGAAGGUGAGAGUGAGGGCGGAGGGGGAGGAGAGAAGAAAGGGGGAGGAGAGAAGAAAGGGGGAGGAGCUAGCAGAGGCAGAGUGGCCAUGAUGGUGCCUGGAACGGGCAGAGGAGAGCAGCGGCCGCCACAGGAGCAGGUGGAGCAGGAGCAGCAGGAGCAGGAGGAGCAGGAGGAGCAGCAGGAGCAGCAGGAGCAACAAGAGCAGUCGAUACAGCAGGGGCAACACAGGGAGAAGAUGCAGCAGGAGGUGCAAGAGCAGUCAAUACAGCAAGUACACCAGCAGCAACACGCGCUCCUUCUCUCCGAGCCAGACUUCUCCUCCGCCCUCCAGGGCUUCGUCCCAGCAGCCGUGCGCGGCGUCGCCAAGCUCUCCGCCUCCUCCGACCCCUCCUCCUCUUCAUCCUCUUCCGCCUCCCCCCAGCUAGGCUGGGACGACGUGGGAGGAAUGGCCGACGCCCAAACAGCCCUGCGAGAAGUCUUAGAGCUCCCAGCCCAGCACUCCCAUAUCUUUGCCUCAGCUCCUCUCCGCCUUCGCACUGGCGUGCUCCUUUUCGGCCCUCCCGGGUGUGGGAAAACGCACAUUGUCGGCGCUGCUGCUGUUGCGUGUGGGAUUCGGUGUGUCUCGGUGAAAGGCCCGGAGCUCCUGAAUAAGUACAUCGGAGCUUCGGAGCAGGCGGUUCGGGACGUGUUCUCCCGAGCCUCCCGCGCCGCUCCGUGCAUUCUGUUUUUCGACGAGUUUGACGCGAUUGCGCCGCGAAGAGGGCAUGAUAGCACGGGGGUGACCGACAGAGUAGUGAAUCAGCUAUUAACGGAGCUAGAUGGUGUGGAGGGGUUAGAAGGGGUUUUUGUGGUGGCCGCUACGAGCCGUCCAGAUCUGAUCGAUCCGGCUCUGCUGCGUCCUGGACGGUUGGAUCGGCUCGUGCUCUGCGAUUUCCCCGGGGAGGAGGAUCGGCUGUCGAUUCUGCGCGCGCUUUCCAGGACGCUUCCUCUGGGUGCUGACGUGGACCUUGCUGAGCUGGCACGGCGCACGGAGGGGUUCAGCGGCGCGGAUCUUCAGGCCUUGCUGGCAGAUGCACAGCUGGCAGCGGUGCAUGCUGUGCUGGAUGAGAGUGAGAGGGUGGGAGGAGGGGAGGGUGAAGGGGGGGGAGAAGGGAAGAGUGAGAAAGUGGAAAGAGGGAAGGAGGGAGCUGGGGAGGAGACGAGAAAUGGAGAUGGAGGGGACGAGAAGGCAGAGGUGGAAGCAGAAGCAGGGAGGCAGGCAUCAGGGACAGGAGGGGCAGCAGACGAGGCAGCAGGAAUCGAGGACCAAAAGAAGCAGCAUAGAGGGAAGGCAGGAGCAGCGAGGAAGGGCAGAAAGGGCAGGAAGGGGCAGAAAGCGGAGGGAGUGGUGGAGGUAGGGAGGCCGGUACUGGGGAGGGUGCAUCUGGAGCAGGCUGUGGGGAGCGUGCGGCCAUCCGUGUCAGCAGCAGAGAGGCAGCGACUGUCGGAUAUCUACGAUGAGAUGAUGGGGGCCAGGAAGGGGAGCAGUGCUGCUGCCAUGGCGGAGAGGAAAGGGAAAAGAGCCACACUAGCUUAG